AUGGCUACAGGAGCCAACGCAAUUUUACUUGGUCAGAAUAAUGGAGCUCCUAAUAAUACUUCAGCCAAUAAUAAUCACACUGCCAAAGAUAAUAACAAGGUUGAUAGUUUCGCUUUAGAGAAAGAAACUGAGAAUGAAACACUUUCUGAAGAAACUGACUCCAAUAAUGACUCAAUUAUUUUGCAGUACAACGAAAGACCUGGAGAAAUAGAUUCUCAUGAGGCCUGGUAG